GUCACUACCUUCAGCAAAGUGCUCCGACCCAACGUGUGAGCUGUCGGAUCGAGCCCACACGCGUUCGAUCGCUGCAAACGUGUCUACUAAACGAUUUCAAGGCCCUCGCAAAACUUCGUGCAGCCACGUGCCGGCGUUGAAGAGGACAGGCCAUACGAAAAAACUGCUACAAGUGCGUGUUGCGCCUCUCGGGCCGCUGUCUGGUGAUUCUACUCGCUCCAUAGUGUACACGGUACGCAACUAACAAUGCGCAACAUCAGAGCAAGCUCGCGCCGCCUCGCGACGUGCGCGCGCCGCUUCGGCACGCCGCGGCUCACCACGUUACCAGUGCUGGCGACGACGGCGCGGCAGGUCCGCCGCAGCUCCUCGCACGGUGGAAAUGGAGGCGCCCACCUCGGCUCGAAGUGCCCGAAGUGCGGCAGCAUGUCCUUAGUAUUUGCUAGAGCAUCAACCAAGGAAGAAGACUCGGCCUUCUACUGUUCGGUCUGUUCGGGAUGGUUCGUGGCGAGCGAACAUCGGUUGGUGGAGGAGCCGGACCAGCCUCAAGAAGCCCCAAAGCAGCACGUCCCCACGCCGCGCCAGAUCUUCGCCGGGUUGGAAGAACAUGCUAUAGGACAAAGAUCGGUCAAGAUGGCUUUGAGCGUCGCCGUGCACAACCACUACCAGCGCCUCGCCGUCGCCAAGGAGCGGGAGGCGAAGCACAAGCCCAAGGAGAUCGAGCAACUACUCCCCGACGACCACCUCGAAAAACCAUUGAGUUUGCACAACCUCGCGCAGCUGUCCGGGACGCAAGAGGAGGAACAGACAAGCGAAAAAUCACUAGACGUGGAGGCCGUGGAGCUGGACAAGUCCAACGUGCUCCUGUUAGGCCCCACAGGGAGUGGUAAAACGCUCAUGGCCAAGACCCUAGCCAAAUUGGUCGACGCGCCGCUUGCGAUCGUGGAUGCGACGUCGUUAACGCAAGCUGGUUAUGUGGGAGAUGACGUCGAAUCAAUACUCUACAAACUCUACAGAGAAGCGGGUUCGGACGUCGCGAGGGCGGAGCGCGGCAUUGUGUAUAUCGAUGAAAUAGACAAGGUUUCAAGGAAAGGUGGCGAGAACGUCUCCAUCACGCGAGAUGUUUCCGGGGAAGGCGUCCAACAAGCAUUGCUCAAGAUCUGCGAAGGUACUACUGUUACCGUUCCGAAGGAUGGUGCGAGGAAGAAUCCUCGCGAUCGCGACGCGCUGACCAUCGACACGUCGCAUAUUUUGUUCAUUUGUGGCGGGGCCUUCGAUGGCCUGGAGCAGAUCGUAUCUCGACGAGUUCAGAGAGCCUCCAUAGGGUUCGAAGCACCUUUACGGAGGAGCGAGUUAGAUCAUGAUUUUAGGGAGAAGAGUAAUGAUGACCAUCGGGCGGACCAAGCGUUCGACGAAGUCAUGUCACGGGCGGAGCCGUCGGAUUUGGUGAGGUACGGGUUGAUCCCCGAGUUUGUUGGACGGUUCCCAAUCAUCACUACCACAAAGCGGUUGACGGAAGGUGAGUUGAAACAGGUCCUGACGGAGCCGAAGAACGCUCUCUUAAAGCAGUAUAGAUACUUGUUUGCGUUGAAUGAUGCGGACUUUGUGGUCACGCGGGACGCCAUCUCGGAAGUGGCUCGGUUGGCGAUCAAGAAGCGGACCGGAGCUAGAGCCUUGCGGAACAUCUUGGAAUCGAUGCUCUUGGAGGCCAUGUUCCAGGCCCCGGAUGACGAUGUGGCCACGGUUCUGGUGGACGAACUGGCCGUGCGCGGCGAGGAGCCCGUCAAGUUACUCAGCGAGAAGCACGACGAACAAUCUUGGGAGGAGGCGACGAAGCCCGACGAGAAGGUCGCCGCUUAGUUCGCGUGUCCCGCACUUAUAAAUACCGAAGUCUCUU